GGAAAGGUCGAGACCAUAGAGAGAGAGAGAGAGAGAGAAAGGCCGAGACCAUUGAGAGAGAGAGAGAGGGAGAAGAAAGGUAGCUGUAAAAUAUGGGUUUGGCUUCAAAUUACAUCGCCCGCCGCUACAUUAAGCCCGGCGACCACCUUUACGUCUACCGAGCAUGUCUCGCCUAUUCACAUCAUGGUAUCUACCGUAGCGAAGGGCAAGUGAUUCACUUCACGAGUGCAGCAUCGUCUUCGGCUGAACGAAGGGAGGUUUGCUCGGCGUGUGAGUUAAUGGAGUAUAGUGAGCGCAGCAGUGGGGUGAUCGCGUCUUGCCUGGAUUGCUUCCUGAAAUCGGGGUCGCCGCGGCGAUACAAGUACGGCGUUACGAAGGCGGGGUACUUGAUGAGACGGCGAGGGACUUGUAACACGGCGGAGGCCGGCCCCGUGGAGGUGGUGCUGGAAAGAGCAGAGUCUCUGCUUUCGAGGAAUGGGUUUGGGGAAUAUAACUUGUUGACUAACAAUUGCGAGGACUUCGCCACCUUCUGCGCCACGGGUCAGAAAUGUAAUCGCAAUGGCACGACGCGCACCUACGGACAAGCUUCUCUUCUCGGUGGGUUCGCGUUUCGCCGGUGCCACCCUAAUUCGUAGGGUGGGAGAAGACGAUUAAUAAUA